AUGGCCGGUGGCGUGGGUAUUUGGUGGCACGAGGAACUCACCAUCACCUGCAUGGAUAUAACCCUCAACCACGUGGACAUUGCCGUGGAAGAAGCGGAAGGUAAAUGGCGGUUUACUGGUAUUUAUGGGUGGCCGACUGGUAGUGAGAAAUGGCGCAUGUGGGAUUUGAUUAUGUCCCUUCGGAAUCAAUGGGAUGGCCCAUGGCUCUGUGGAGGCAACUUUAAUCAAUUUUAUUCCAUAGAAAAGAAGCGUGGCGACAACUUGACCAAGAUACGGAAAUGA